GCAUGAUGACCUCAAGGAGAUGCUCGAUAGCAACAAGGAUUCGCUCAAGCUGGAGGCCAUGAAGAGGAUCGUGGCGAUGAUUGCCCGGGGAAAAAACGCCUCUGACCUCUUCCCAGCUGUGGUGAAAAAUGUCGCCUGCAAGAACAUUGAGGUGAAGAAGCUGGUGUAUGUCUACCUGGUGCGCUACGCAGAGGAGCAGCAGGAUCUGGCCUUGCUCUCCAUCUCCACCUUCCAGCGAGGACUCAAGGACCCCAACCAGCUAAUCCGCGCCAGCGCCUUGCGGGUCCUCUCUAGCAUCCGCGUGCCCAUCAUCGUGCCCAUCAUGAUGUUGGCCAUCAAGGAGGCCGCCUCAGACAUGUCCCCGUAUGUGCGCAAGACGGCGGCCCACGCCAUCCCCAAGCUGUACAGCCUCGACUCAGACCAGAAGGACCAGCUCAUUGAAGUGAUCGAGAAGCUGCUGGCAGACAAGACCACGCUGGUGGCCGGCAGCGUGGUGAUGGCAUUCGAGGAGGUCUGCCCAGAGCGCAUCGACCUCAUCCACAAGAACUACCGCAAGCUCUGCAACCUACUCAUUGACGUGGAGGAGUGGGGGCAGGUGGUCAUCAUCAACAUGCUGACCCGUUAUGCGCGCACCCAGUUCCUCAGCCCCAACCAGAAUGAGUCCUUGCUGGAAGAAAGCACCGAGAAAGCUUUCUACGGCUCCGAGGAGGAGGAUGCCAAGGACGCCAAGGCAGAGGCAGCCUCGUUGGCCAAACGCAAGCCCUACGUCAUGGACCCUGACCACCGCCUGCUCCUGCGCAACACCAAGCCCCUGCUGCAGAGCCGCAAUGCCGCAGUGGUGAUGGCCGUGGCACAGCUCUACUUCCACCUAGCACCCAAGGCGGAGGUUGGCGUCAUUGCCAAGGCGCUGGUGCGACUCCUGCGGAGUCACAGCGAGGUGCAGUAUGUCGUGCUGCAGAACGUGGCCACGAUGUCCAUCAAACGGCGGGGGAUGUUUGAGCCUUACCUGAAGAGCUUCUACAUCCGCUCCACAGACCCCACGCAGAUCAAGAUCCUCAAGCUGGAGGUCCUCACCAACCUGGCCAAUGAGACCAACAUCUCCACCAUCCUGCGGGAGUUCCAGACCUACAUCCGCAGCAUGGACAAGGACUUCGUGGCGGCCACCAUCCAAGCCAUCGGGCGCUGUGCUACCAACAUCGGGAAGGUGCGGGACACCUGUCUCAAUGGCCUGGUCCAGCUCCUCUCCAACCGGGAUGAGCUAGUGGUGGCUGAAUCCGUGGUGGUCAUCAAAAAGCUGCUGCAGAUGCAGCCGGCCCAGCACAGUGAGAUCAUCAAGCACAUGGCCAAGCUCACUGACAACAUCCAGGUGCCGAUGGCGCGGGCCAGCAUCUUGUGGCUCAUCGGCGAGUACUGUGAGCACGUGCCCAAGAUAGCGCCCGAUGUGCUGCGUAAGAUGGCCAAGUCCUUCACCAAUGAGGAGGACAUCGUCAAGCUGCAGGUCAUCAACCUGGCAGCUAAGCUCUACCUGACCAACUCCAAGCAGAGCAAGCUGCUGACCCAGUACGUCCUCAACUUGGCCAAGUAUGAUCAGAAUUAUGACAUCCGUGACCGGGCUCGCUUCAUCCGCCAGCUCAUCGUGCCCACUGAGAAGAGCGGAGCCCUCAACAAGUACGCCAAGAAGCUCUUCCUGGCCCAAAAACCUGCUCCCAUCUUGGAGUCCUCCUUCAAAGAUCGGGAUCAUUUCCAGCUGGGUUCCCUGUCCCACCUGCUCAAUGCUAAGGCUGUGGGCUACCAGGAGCUGCCUGACUGGCCAGACGAGGCCCCCGACCCCUCUGUGAGGAACGUGGAGGUUCCUGAGUGGACCAAGUGCACCAGCCGAGAGAAGAGGAAGGAGAAGGUGGAGAAACCUUUCUACUCCGACUCAGAGGGAGAGUCGGGGCCCACAGAGUCGGCAGACAGUGGUGAGGACCUGGUGGCAUGGCAGGGCAUCGGGCAGGGGUCACUGUGGCAGGGACAUCAGGCAGGUGCCACCACGACUCUAGCAGGCAGGAUGGGGAGAGCAGUGAAACCCGAAGAGGAGGAGGAGGAAGAGGAGGAGGAAGGCAGUGGGGAACAGUCAGAGGACAAGGAGGAGGAGGAGAAGAGGCCGAAGAGGAAGGAGAAGGAAGGGUCCCGGAAAGCAGCCCCGGGCAGCCCCAGCGAGGAAGAGGAGGAGGAGGAGGAGGGGGUGAAGAAGGCCAAGAAGAAGGCGGCACAGCAGGGCAGGAAGGGCCAUGCUGAGACCUCAUCAGAGGAGGCCAGCGCCUCCGAGAGCAGCUCCUCAGGCGGUUCUGAGGCAGAGGCCAAGCGGAAGAAGCCCCCCAGCAGCAGGGCCGGCCCCAAGGAGAUCUCCCUGCUUGACCUGGAUGACUUCACCCCUCCUCCUCCCCAGCCCAUCCCCUCCAGCAGCAUCGUCUCCACCAGCCUGGUGACUGACCUGGAGGGCCUCACGCUCACCGACACAUCCUUGGCACCUGCUAUGCUGAGCCCGGCGUUCAGCACAGUGAGAACCUACGAACUGCUGCAUCGCAUGGCAGGAGAGGGGCUCUCAGUUGAGUACUGCUUCAGCCGCCGCCCCUUCCCAGGGGACCCGCACAUGGUGGCCGUCCAGAUCCAGAUCUCCAACAACACUGACGCCGAGGUGAAGAGCCUGCGGGUCAGUGAGCCCAAGCCGCUCUCUGGCAUGCGGAUCCAGGAGUUCCCCGAGAUCGAGUGCCUGGCGCCUGGGGACACGGCCAGCGUGGUGAUGGGCAUUGACUUCUGCGACUCCACUCAGGCGGCCAACUUCCAGCUGUGCACCCACACGCGCCACUUCUACGUCUCCAUCCAGCCGCCUGUGGGGGAGCUCAUGGCCCCUGUCUUCAUGAGCGAGAACGAGUUCAAGAAGGAGCAGGGGAAGCUGACGGGCAUGAGCGAGAUCACAGAGAAGCUGACGCUGCCUGAGAAAUGCCGGAGCGACCAUGCCAUCGUCCAGCAAGUGACCUUGGCUGCCAACGUGGGCCGUGUGCCCUGUGGUGCCGACAACGAGUACAGGUUCGCGGCCAAGACAGUGACCAGCGGAAGCCUGGUGCUCAUCACCUUGGAGCGACGGGAAGGUGCCGCAGCUCAGCUGACCGUAAACAGCGAGAAGAUGGUUAUCGGCACGAUGCUGGUGAAGGAUAUCGUCCAGUCCCUGGCACAGUGA